GGCAGGAUCAGGGACACGGCAGGCAGCAGACAUGGACUUGCAUUGCGAUUGUGCCGAGACUCCGGCAGUCGAGCCACCAUCCGGGAAGAUUAAUAAAACUGCUUUCAAAUUAUUUAAGAGGAGGAAAUCUGGGGGCACCAUGCCCAGCAUAUUUGGGGUGAAAAACAAAGGCGGGGAUGGGAAAGGCUCGAGUAAAGCUGGGAUGGUGAGGAGCAAGACUCACGAUGGAUUAGCUGAUGUUGUGCUGGAAAGCAGCAAGAAGGAAGAAUCGAGCCUCGGAGGUGGCGGUGGUGUUGAUCAGCUGAACAGGGAUAUAAACACCAGGACUGUAGCCGGCCUCAAUGUUUCAUCAAACAGCUCCGUGGCUAAGUCACACAGUUUCUUCUCUCUGUUGAAGAAGAAUGGGAAAUCAGAAAAUGGCAAGGGAGAGAAUGCAGAUCAGAGGGCGGGCAGCAGACAAAAGAAAGGAUUGAAAGGGAUCUUCAGCAGUAUGCGAUGGCAUAAAAAGGAUAAAAAUGGCAAGGAGGAAAGGGGGGAAACAUCAGAAAUUCAAUCCAGCCUUAUUAUGUCAGGUUCUCUGACUGCCAGCUUGGAAUGCAUCAAAGAAGAGGCACCAAAACCUUUGUCUGAGCCUCAAUAUGCCACAGAAGAAAUUAACAUUGAAUUGUCUAGUGAUAAACACAGUGGAGAUGUGCACGCCACGGCAGAGGAGCCUGAAGUUAGAGAUGCUGGGGAAAUGCAGAACAACAAAAGCAUACAAGGAGAGGAUCCUGCUGCCGCUGGAAACCAACAUGAGGAGAACCGCCCUGAGCUGCCAGAUCCGUGUGUGGAAGAGGUUGGGACUGCGAAGGAUACGGCUAUAACAGGCUGUGGAGAUAUUAUUGCAGACCAGGAGGAUGAAGUGGGCAGCAGCAGUGGCGGCUGUGAGAAGAGCACCCCAGGGGCCAGCAAGCCAGGCACUUCUAAAAAGAACCCAAACAUGGUGGCCUACCAGGGAGGAGGAGAGGAGAUGGCAAGCCCAGACCAAGUGGAUGACACCUACCUUCAGGAGUUCUGGGAUAUGUUAUCACAAACAGAGGAGCAAGUCCAAGAGACCCAGGGAGGAGAAGGAGGAGGGACAAAACCACCUGAGAUUAAAAAAGAGACCAAGUGUGUUGAGGGGGCACAGGAUGGUUCAAUGGUGAAACGCAUUGGUCUCAACCAGAUUCCGAUUCAUCUCAACCACAAAGAGGAUCAGAAGAACAGGGAAUAUGAGCAGCCAGAGGGCAUCCCAAACAGUGAUGAGGGCUACUGGGAUUCCACUACUCCUGGUCCUGAGGAAGAUAGCAGCAAUAGUGUCCAGAAAGAGAGCAUCCCCAGGGACAGCUACAGUGGUGAUGCCCUCUAUGAUCUUUAUGCUGAUACAGAUGAAAACAUCACAGGGGUGCCUUCUGAUGAAGAAGUCACCUGUGUAUCACGAUCCAAACCUGUGUCUCCAGUAACAACCACAUGCUCACUUAAAACACCUGCAGGUUCAGUCAAGGACUCCAAGAUACCUAUCAGCAUUAAACAUCUUACAUCGCUUCCCACCAGCCACGGAACAGAUGCCAGUAACAGCCAUCACAUUGCACACCAUCACCCAACCAAAAGUGAGAUUCCCAGAACAAAAAUCCCUGUUUCUAAAGUACUUGUACGCCGGGUCAGUAAUAGGGGUUUAGCGGGAACGAUGAUUAAAGCCACCACAUUCCAGGACAAUGCCAAAAAGUAGUUGAACAAGAUCUGGAGACAAAGAUGGACAGUGAGUUAGAGGUGGGAAAGUCUUUAUAGGAAAACACUAAUAAAAAUGUUUGCAGCACCUAAAGAAAGGCACCUAAAAGGGCCCCAUAAGUGUAUUCUGGGGGCCAGCACUUCUGAAUCUCUUCUUGAUAUACAGUAUAUAAAAAUACAAAAAUAGUCAAAUUCUUUUCAAGCACUUUGAAAAAUUUGUAUCUUUUUUCUGAAGCACUAAACACUUAGGAGGUCACUUUUACAUGCCUUUGUGGAAGCUGGACUUUGAUUAUGAACGUAAAAUGAGCAUCUCCCCUAAUGCAAAUUAGUGCCAUGAGUUCUUCAGGGGGACAGAAAUACAGAAAGAGAUGAACAACAGGAAUUCUCCAAUACAGUUAGCUUUUACUGGUUUUUUGUUUUUGCUUAAAUUGUAAAAUGAUGUCUGCUCUACAAUUAUGUGGAAAAAUGCCAAGAAAAAACAAACAACCCAACAGGUAAUUAUUUACCUGAUGUACAUACAGCAGUGCUGGUCAGCAGCAAACUCAACUUAUUUGUGUCCAGUAGCUAAUUAAUGAGUUAGGUGGAUUUCUAUAACUAGAACAGAUAUUUUUGUUUGUUUGUCUGUUUUGUUUUGGAUCUGUUACAAUAUAAAUGGAUAACAGAGACAUCUGGCAAAGUUCAGAUGUUUACUUCAAUAUUUGUCUGAUGCAUAAAAAUCAGGUUCAGGGAAUCAUUUUACUAAAAGCCAAUAUAUACACAACUUUCACAUUUAUACAAUAAAUUACUCUUCAUGUGUAGAUAGAGGCAUAUUUUAACAGUUUUACUCAAUGCUACAAUUUUUUUAUAUAAAAAUGUCUGUCUGUAUUAUCUAGAGUUUAAGCAAAAGUUAGUUUUUAUAGCUAGAUAAUUUUACAAUUCUAAAAUUAUGGAACUUCUUUUAAGUACCGUACCUUAAACUAGAGCAAAACUCUGUUUUAUAUGGGCUCUUGCUUCCCCAGAAUAACAAGUUUAUUAUGCUAAUUUUAUUAGAGUGACACAUUCAUCGUGCCAGAGCCAAGGUUCUGACAGCAUUGCCAUUGCAAACCUCUAUUUUCAGGGGUUUAUACAACUUACACUGUGCUCAAACCUGGCUGAGAAGAAACCUAGGAUAGAGACACAUUUUUAAAUUAUUAUUUUUUAAAAUAUAUAAAAUGAGUUUUGGCUGUUUAAAGAAAGUUUUGGACUUUCAGUUUCAGUCUUAAUAACUUCCAAGUGAUUUUACUUUAAGAAAGAAAAGAGACAUGGUAGGUUAGUGAUCCAGGAAAUAGCCAGACAACCUGGGUGCUAUGAAAAAAUUGUUAAUGGCUGAGAUGUUUUUUGAAAAGUGGCUACUGUACAUGGGCAUUGACAACAUUUCAAAGAAAUUUCAUAGGGAUUUUAUGAUGUGCCUAAAGACAUAUUUUCAUGAUAUUCUGAAACAGCUCCAAAGGUCAUUAAAGUCUAAUGGGUAAAUACUAUGCAUUUGCAAAAUAUUUUAAAAUCUGUAUUUAGUCAACAGACUGCAAGUGAUAUGAAGGUGAUGUUUCAAUGAAUCUGGAAAUACACAUUUUUAAAAAAAAUUAUAAAAAUAUUACAAAGAGAAUCCUAAAUUUAUGUAAGUGAAUCUUACGUGACAGUUUGCUUUAUCUUCUCCUUUUAAUAAAAAAGAAAAUUAGAUAUACAAAAUAUAAAUUUAAAGAAUAUUAAGGUUGUAACUUGAACUGUGAAAAGCUAGGAAAUACAGUUUUAAGAGCCCAGUUGUUCCUCCAUUUACAUGCAGCUCCCAUUGGUAUCACUGGGUGUUGCCCAUUUAGCUAAUAAGGGUAAAAUUGAGAUCUAGCUUUGAAAUGGUCACUUUACUUAAUACUAAUUUGCGUAACCUCAAUGGUGGGUGGCCAGGAGGAAAAGUUAUCCUUUCCAUUCAAUUUCCUGGCUUUAUUGGUUUGUGUCACAACCUCAAUAUAUUUCAAAGAAGUUUAUUUUUUAUGUAAUUUCUUCAUAAUAUAUAUCUGUAUGGCUGUAGCCACAUCCACUCACACACACAAGUUGUACAUAUGCAUGGAUAAUCAUACAUAUACUGUACAGGCACACAAAUGAACAUGCACACUCGUACAUACACACUCUCAUGCAAACACUACCAGGCAUGUACAUUCCUAUGCACAGACUGAGGGGACAUACAGUAAAUCUAUCUCAAAACUUGUUGGCGAUUAUUUUCUUUGCCUGAGAAAGGGAUUUGCAUUUGACCUGACUCUGCUUGUAUUUUUAGAAGCUAAAGUUCUCAAAAGGAUGAAUGUACAGAACAUGGAAUUUUAAUCCUAGCCAUAAAACUAACAGUCAUUGUGUUCCCCCCGCCCCCAUCUGACUGUAAGGAUCAUGUUGUUCUUUGCAUGAUGAUUAUACAGAAAAUUCAUGUUUGCCCAUUUUGUUUUAAGGACAAAUUGUACAGAAGGAUUGUAUAGGGACCUGAAAGUUGAGAUGGAGAGAGGAUGUUGUGAGCUUGUGACAUACUUUAAAGUGAGAAGAGUAGAUAGUAGCAGCUGUACAUCAUUUAAAACACUAGGAGAAAUGAUCUACCACCUAUACAGUACUUGUUUGUGGCAAUUUUUCUUCAUAUGCAUUUUGUUUGCAUUGUGGCCUGUAUAUAGCAAGAAACAGUAGAAUAAUUUUAGAUUAGUCCCCUCACACUUAUAAGUAACAACAACCACCAUUAAAAUAUUUUGCCUUUCCUUCAUUUUCUCUCUUUUCAUUUCCAUCCUUUUUUUACUCCUCUUGCUGCGUGCUGGCUGGCAAAUACAAUCUAAACAGCUACUCUCUGGCAAGGAGGUCUGAAGCUUUCACGUGGGAAGAGUGCUCAGGGUGGGAGGGGUACCUGCCUAGCCUCUUUUUUCCUACAGAGACUAGGUACUAAUCACUUUCUCAAGCUUUAUGCCCUAUACCUAAUGUAAGUAGGUUUUGCAAACCUGUUAAUGAUUCAUGUGACUGCUUGCGAUGUACAAAGGACAAUCAUAUCCUUAAAAGGAGAGUGGGAAAGUAACGUGUAGUAGGUUAUCAGUAUUAUUGUACCAUAACAACACAGUGGCAUUGAUUCACGAUUGAGAGCAGCGAUUGUGUGGGAGUAAAGAAACUUAUACACAAGUUAACACUUAAAUUAGCUCUGAAUUUUUAUUCACAACAUUCAAAACCAAUUAUGUUUUUUAUUUCAAAAAUUAAUAAUCUGAAAUGUAGUAGUUACCAGGACUUAUUUUAUUAUAAUAGAAAUAUAUUUGUAUGUUAUAACUUCACACAAGGCUUAAAACAAAGCACUAAAAGGCAGUUUAAAAGGCUUUCUUUAAAUGUACAUUUAAUUCCUUGUAAGGGACACUGAUAUGCUUAAUGAUUGAAAAAUUGAUGACUUGCUGGAUUUAAUGGGUUGAAACAUAAAGAGGUAAUAGUCUUGGAGGCAUUCUGUAGUGAUUUGCAUUCUAAUUUAUGACAUUAUUGUGUUUAAGCAAAUGUUUUCAUGGCCUUGUUAAAUAUCAAGGUAGAAAUGAUCUUCCAGGUCCCAAAGAUGCCAUUCUUCUACAUUGUCAUGUUUUUUAUUCCUUAAAGAACACUUUGUUUAGAAUUGUGCUUGGGAUGAUGCUGUAUAAGUAUGACCCUGUACAUAACACAUAAAGAGGUUAAUACACCACAUCUUAGCAUUUAUAUACUCUUUGCACUUUCAGGUCACUACUGGUAAAUUUUAUAUGUCCCUAGGAUAUUUCUAUAUAUUGCAUAACAUUUUAUAGUUACCUAUGGUAUCUUCAGUGGUAUGUGUUUCUUUCCUAAAUAUCAGAGGAUCUUCUUUUAGUAGCAUGAUAUGCUGUCUUUUGUGGACUCAUUUUGUCACAAUAGAAGUAAAGUUUGCUGUGCUAUAGACGUGGUCUGCAACUGAGACAUUGACAGUAAUAGGAUUUGAACACAUGCAACAAAUUUAAGAGAAGACUACACACCUACUAAUAAGGUGAAUCCAUGUUCACUGUUACUCCAUAUAUCAUCAUCAUCUUCUUCAUCCCCUAGAACAUCCAUGCCACCAUUUAGGAUUAUUGAGGACCGAAUUUGAAGAAUUCUGUAUGUAAACAUAUCCUAUGGAAAUGCAUUCCCUGAUUAUUUUUUAAUGAAUCUCACUAAAUUAUUUAUCUAGGCUAAAAUAAUAUUGCGCCAAAGUCUUCAAAAAAUGUCUGAAUGAGAUGGCAUUUUCAGGAAAGUGCUUAAAGUAUAGAUGAGCCAAAUUACCAAGCUUUUGCUUAGCAAAGCAAAACUCUAGUUGGUUCUAAAAUUUAUGGUACUGCCAGAGCUUGCUCCUCAACGGGAGCCAUUGAUUUUGCUAUCUGGCUUCACUCUGAAGCUUUUUUGCCUGCUGUAAUAGACUGCUUUUUGAAAAGGCUUUCCAUUGUGUUAAUGGUAUGAAGGAGACAGUUCACUGCAACAAUAACCACUUAUAAGACAAAUGGUUAUCUAACAGCAAACAGUAUAGGAUUUUAAGCAAGGUGGCCUGGGAAUUUAUUUUCAUGGCCAUUGAUAUGAAAUGCUACUGCUUCUUCUCAAUUCUUGGAAAAACAAAGUGAUACCAGCUGAAGGAUGCUGCAGAACUAAGUCUUGGCACAGAUUAUACAUGACAGUUGCUGCAAUUUUUCUUAUAAUUGUUCAUUCCGCUGACAUAACCCAUUUGCCCAUGCAGAAUAGUACAACAGUUAGUAAGUGCUCCCUAAAUGUGCACUUCCUUUCUGUUUAAAGGUGAACAUUUUAAGAUCAUACAGCUAACCAUGCAAUCGUCUAUAUUGGUGUGUUAAUAUUUCCUCUCAUCUAAAUGCAAAACACAUCUUUUCAUUGUUUUUCCAUCUUGACAAACAGCCACUCCAGGGCUUGACCCCAAUGCUCAGCAUGUCCAAAUUUCAGCUAAUGCAAUCAUUGCCAUCCUGAAUUUAACUUGUGAUGGCAGAUGUGGGACCAGAUCCAUUCAAGUGCAGUAAAUCCUGUGUGCGCUCUGUUGCGUCACUGCCCGUGUUUUGUAAUCUGUUAACCAGUAUGUUUUUCCUUUUAACUCUAAUUGCAGUUUCAGUAAAAUCUGUUUUUAGCAAAAACAAGAUGUUGGUUUUGGUUUGUAAGGACCCACACAGAUUUUUAUUACUUCAGGCUAUGCUAUGUUAAAAUGAUCACCAUUUCAGCAUCAAACCAUUUCAACUGGUUUUUCUAUGCAGAAUAUAAUGUGCCCAUAAAAGAAAAUUGGUUGUAUCUGCUUUGAAUUAAAUCUGACCUUAGAAUGAAGGAGCUACAAGUCUGAUACCAUUUCUCCGCUAAUGGCAGUAAAUGCAAAGGCCCAGAUAAUCCCUGCCCACGGGACACCGUGCAGGAGGGAGGAAAUCACAGUAGGGUGACCAGACAGCAAGUGUGAAAAAUCGGGACUAGAGGUGGGGGGUAAUAGGAGACUAUAUAAGAAAAAGAUCCAAAAAUCAGGACUGUCCCUAUAAAAUCAGGACAUCUGGUCACCCUAAAUCAUAGUGAGGAUUUACUUGUGGAGGAUGCCUUCUCCUCCCCACCCCCAAAUGAUCUGAUCACAAGGGAGAGGCAUGUCCCUUGUGGAAGAGGUUGUGGGGCUCACUCUCAAAAUGGGCAGAUCUUGGGGGAUCCAUGAGAGGCCACGAACAUCUGCCCAGAUGCUCUGUGAACCAGCUCUGGCCCCAUGGAGGGCCCCCUUCCCUCCCCAGUAUCUUAGCUUUUCUUCCCUUGGUUACUCUUGGGACUCACACAUUUUCUUUUCUGUUUAAUUUCUGUGGGAGAGGAGGCUGGAUGAUGUGCAUCUCCUAUGCCCUUGUCCUGCCCACUCCUCCCUCAGUCUAUUCCACCACUUUCCAGGUGGUCUGGAGCUGGGGGACAUGAUGCAGCAGUUGUGGCUGAACUUCCCUUCCUUGUGAAAGAAAAGAGCGCCUCACGUGGAAGUUUCCCUCCGUGUGUGGAUUGAGGAGGAUGAGUUGGCUCAUUGUACUGGCACUACAAUUAGUGACAAUAUAUUCACCCAAACUAUGAGCCAAAUCCUGCUCUCCUUGUUCAUGGAAGUAUAAUAGAUCUACUGAAGUCAGUGUUAACAGUAGUAUAUUUUUAGCUGUCUUGUAAAGGGAAUGGAACUAUUUGGGUCAGUAAGGUGAGCAGGAUGUGACACUUUCAUUUAACAUGUAGCUUUAGCACGUCUACUUCCACAGAUCCAGCACUGCUCAAAGACUUUCUCCUGCAUUUCAACCCUCAUUUUAAAAAAUUGUAUUAAAACAAUGGGGCUAUAUCAGUGACUUCAGUGUGGUCUUCUGCUUAAAAGUGGAUGGAACAAUAUGGCCCAAGAGUUGCAGAAGUGAAGUUGCUAUGUACAUACAUGUAAAAGGUCAUAGAUACAUCAAAUCAAAAUUAUAAUGCAGCUGACAAACUCAGGUAUAUGACAUUGUUCUGGCAUUGCAGUGUAAACAGUUUCACUCUCCUUUUCAAGAGGAAUAGUGAAAUUAGACUCUCAGUUAAACCAGUGUAAAAUCAGAGUAACUCCAGUGAUCUGGGCCAGACUACAGUACCCUUGCUCCCACUAAAUAACACCUCAUUCCACAAGUAGUCUCACUGGAGUCAAUGAAACAGUUUGUGGAGUUAUGGUGCUACUCAGUAUGAGUAAAGGUAUCAGAAUCUGGCACUCUAGAUCUGCGCUGUUGUAUCUAUCAGCAGGAUCUUACUCAAAAGCUCUGCUAGUCUCGAAGCUUCCAGCUUUCUUAAACUAUGGAAUACAAGUUAUACUGCUGAUGACAAAAAAGCCUUCCCCUCCCCCCCCCCGAGAAAGUACAGCUAUAAUGCUAGAAAAAUAUUUUUGAUUAUACAUUAAAAAGGAAAUCAACAAAUUGGUGGGAAGAAAAAUAAAUCUAAUAACAUUGUAAUAAUAUGGGAUGGUGUUAAUCUUUCAUCACAUCCAGUCUUGAUUUAUAUAUCAGUAGUGGGACUCGGGAAAAAGUGGGUGAGAGUAUUCAGCACUGCAUCUGACACUGAAAAGUUGUUUCUUACGUGCUGAAUAGGAUAGAUUUAACUGUUAUAAAAUGCUGUGUUUUUUUUUAAACGAGAGAUGUUAUACCUGACUUCAUUUUUAACUGCAGGUUUUCCCAUUAGUAUUUGUGUUGAGCCAUCUGCAGUGAAAUAACAUAUGGCCUGUUCAAGAUGAUGAGCAAGAAAAACCAGAACUCCACAUUUCAUGUAAUUGAUCAGUUUUCUGAGUAUCUGGUAAACUCAAAUUCACUAACUUUGUCUGAGCAGAGACAGUAAAAGCUUAGAAGCUUUCUAGGUGGUAUUUUUAUAGACUGUUAAGACACCCACUUCCACUUAAACAAACUUUGAAAAAUACAUCUACUGUUAAAGAACUUAUUUAAAAUAUAACAAAUAGCAAUAGGUGGGUUUUUCCCCGACAGUUAAAUGGGAUAGAUUAAUCAAUGUUUAUAUUUUUAAUCUUGUAAAUAUUUAUUUUGGGUACUCUGUAUAUGUGUUGGCACUGAUUCUGGUGUUUGCUUAUGUACCAUUGUGAAUGUUGGUGGUUUUGGUAGUCACCCUUCUAACGAAUGUAAGGAAUUCUGACUAACUGCACUUUCCUUCUUUCAUUCAAAAACCUUAACGUGAAAAAUAUAUCCACUGCCAUGUUAUAUGUCAUGAUUAAUGCAAUUAAUAAAUUCAGUUGUUACUUUUCA